AUGGCAGAGAGAGAAGGCGCAACCGUCAAGAAGGGCAAAGAAGCUCUCAAAUGGAUAAUCUCUCUCUACGAACAGCAUGGACUCCCCGAUGGGCUUUUGCCUUUCCAGGAAUUGAUCGAGGUGGGAUUCGUGGAGAGGACCGGGUACAUGUGGGUCCUCCAGGAGAAGAGGAUCGAGCACACGUUCGAGAUGAUAGGGAAGCUCGCCAGCUACGACGCCGAGAUGUCCGGUUACUUGGAGAAGACGAGGAUCAGGAAGCUCAAGGGCGUGAAGGCCAGGGAGCUCAUGAUUUGGACUCCUUGCAUCGAGAUCUUUGUCGACGACCCGCCCACCGGGAAGAUCCAGUUCAAAGCCAUUGGUGGCCUCACCGUCGCCUACCCCAUUAAGGCCUUUGCUACCCGCGAUUGA